AGAAUGAAAAGGCAAAAUCAAAGCUCUGUGGUUGAAUUCAUCCUCUUGGGCUUUUCUAAUUUUCCUGAACUCCAAAGGCAGCUCUUCCAGAUUUUCUUGGUUAUUUACCUGGUGACUCUGAUCGGAAAUGCCAUCAUUAUAGUUGUCAUCUCAUUGGAGCAGAGCCUCCACGUUCCCAUGUAUCUGUUCCUCCUGAACCUGUCUGUGGUGGAAGUGGGUUUCAGUGCAGUCAUCAUGCCUGAAAUGCUGGUGGUCCUCUUCAAUGAAAAAACUAUGAUCACUUUUGCAGGCUGUUUUUCACAGAUGUAUUUCAUUCUUCUUUUUGGUGGGACUGAAUGUUUUCUUCUGGGAGCAAUGGCUUAUGACCGAUUUGCUGCAAUCUGCCAUCCUCUGAGCUAUGCAAUGAUUAUGAACAGAAGGGUUUUCAUGAAAUUAAUUAUAUUCUCAUGGAUCUCAGGGAUUAUAGUGGCUACUGUGCAGACCACAUGGGUGUUUAGUUUUCCUUUUUGUGGCAACAAUGAAAUUAAUCAUCUUUCAUGUGAAACUCCAGCAGUGCUAGAGCUUGCAUGUGCAGACAUCUUUUUGUUUGAGAUCUAUGCAUUCACUGGCACCAUUUUGAUUGUUAUGGUUCCUUUCUUGUUGAUACUCUUGUCUUAUGUUCGAAUUCUCUUUGCCAUUCUGAAGAUGCCAUCAACCACUAGGAGGCAAAAGGCCUUUUCCACCUGUGCUUCCCAUCUCACAUCUGUUACCCUCUUCUAUAGCACAGCCAAUAUGACUUACUUACAACCCAAAUCUGGCUAUUCCCCAGAAACCAAGAAGCUAAUGUCCUUGGCUUACUCUCUUCUUACACCUCUGCUGAAUCCACUGAUCUAUAGCUUGCGAAAUAGUGAGAUGAAAAGAGCUUUGAUGAAAUUAUGGCAAAGAAAAGUGGAUUUACAUACCUUUCUUAAUUAA